GGGGCUGUUGAUAUCAAUAUGGCGGUUGUCAGCCAGACAAAGACAGUCAGUCUGAUGUGAUUGAGACAAGGGAGGUUUUCAGGGGGAGACUGGGAGACAGGGGCCUCCCCUCCCCCUUCUCCUCUUCCUGCGCGGACCUCAACCCCUCCCCAGGCCCCUCCCGACUGGCGCCCCACGCGGAAGACACCCCUCCCCCUCCCGCUUUCCCCUCCUCCCUAUCUCAGCCCUUCGUACUGGGACGUUGGGGAGGGGGCUGUGCCGCGCGGAGAGAACUCAGCAACGAUUCCGAGAAUGGUAAAUAACGCUGAUCAUCUCUAGAAAGGAUAUUGAUUCACCUCAUGUAAAGUAUGCUCAGUUCCUUCCCAGUGGUUUUGUUGGAAACCAUGUCUCACUAUACAGAUGAACCCAGAUUUACCAUAGAACAAAUAGAUCUUCUUCAGCGCCUUCGGCGUACUGGAAUGACUAAACAUGAAAUUCUCCAUGCCUUGGAAACUUUGGACCGACUUGAUCAAGAGCAUAGUGACAAAUUUGGAAGAAGGUCCAGCUAUGGGGGAAGUUCAUAUGGGAAUAGUACCAACAAUGUUGCAGCAUCUUCUUCUACAGCUACAGCUUCCACACAGACCCAGCAUUCGGGAAUGUCCCCAUCACCUAGCAACAGUUAUGAUACCUCCCCGCAGCCUUGCACUACCAAUCAAAAUGGGAGGGAGAAUAACGAGCGAUUGUCCACAUCCAAUGGGAAGAUGUCACCAACUCGCUACCAUGCAAACAGCAUGGGUCAGAGGUCAUACAGUUUUGAAGCCUCAGAAGAGGACCUUGAUGUAGAUGAUAAAGUGGAGGAAUUAAUGAGGAGGGACAGCAGUGUGAUAAAAGAGGAAAUCAAAGCCUUUCUUGCCAAUCGGAGGAUUUCCCAAGCAGUUGUUGCACAGGUAACAGGUAUCAGUCAGAGCCGGAUCUCUCACUGGCUGUUGCAACAGGGAUCAGACCUGAGUGAACAGAAGAAAAGGGCAUUUUACCGAUGGUAUCAACUUGAGAAGACAAACCCUGGGGCUACGCUAAGUAUGAGACCAGCCCCUAUUCCAAUAGAAGACCCUGAAUGGAGACAAACGCCUCCCCCAGUGUCUGCUACGUCUGGCACCUUCCGACUACGACGAGGGAGUCGAUUUACCUGGAGAAAGGAGUGCCUGGCUGUCAUGGAAAGUUACUUCAAUGAGAAUCAAUACCCAGAUGAAGCAAAGAGAGAAGAAAUUGCAAAUGCUUGCAAUGCAGUCAUACAGAAGCCAGGCAAAAAACUGUCAGACCUGGAACGAGUUACGUCCCUGAAAGUGUAUAAUUGGUUUGCUAACAGGCGGAAGGAGAUCAAGAGGAGAGCCAAUAUCGAAGCAGCAAUCCUGGAGAGUCAUGGGAUAGACGUACAGAGUCCAGGAGGCCAUUCUAACAGUGACGACGUCGACGGGAAUGACUACUCAGAGCAGGAUACUUGGCAAGUACGCAAUGGGGAGGAGGAGGAGGGAAGAAGUUCAGAGGGAGGCAGAGAAGCAGAGAAGGAUGACAGCACUAGCCAUAGUGACCACCAAGACCCCAUCUCAUUAGCUGUGGAAAUGGCAGCAGUCAACCACACUAUCUUGGCAUUGGCCCGACAAGGAGCCAACGAAAUCAAGACAGAGGCCCUGGAUGAUGACUGAUCAGGGAGGGGUGGACGUGAGACGUUAACUUAGUUUAGACGUAGCACCUUAGCAGACUUUCCUCGGUCCUUAACAUGUGUUCUUACAGUAUAACUUGCAGUUUCUUGUAUGUCAGUUAGCCGUUAGGGUCUUCUUGUUCUGUGAAGAUGGCAUGGUGCCCUCAGCCUUCGCAUAUACUCUCUCAGUAUUAACUCCCAGUAAAUAAUAAGCAACCGACUGACCAGACUUCCUCUCCCAGCCCCUGAGGCUAGAAAAUCUUGCUGCUCUGUCUUAGCAUUCCAAGAAAGUGCUUCCAGGUAUUUAGAUAGCCCUCAGUUCUCAAAUAUUAGGCUACGUUUGAAACCUUGGGUACCUUUAGAUUCCUGUAACACUAGUCUGUACCCCUUUUCCUUCCUCGAGACUGACAGGAUGCAAGCUGAGGUGGUGUGGCCCCGGACUGACAGGCGCUGUUGGGGGGGUGUCCGCAGAGUAAAAGGAACACUAGAACCCCCACCUCCGAGUGGGAAUAAUUGAUUUCCAGCCGCAAUAAGCCGUGCCUCACCAUAGUCACACUGUGGCUAGAUUACACUUCUUUGGGUGCUGUGCUAAGAAUGUCCAUGGAAAAACUCAAUCUCAGAUUUUGGGUGAAGUUAACAUGCCUGACACAGACAUCCAUUCCUUACAAGCUGUGUGACUUAGUAUAUAAGAUACUGCCUUCUGCCUUUGGGACCAUGAUUAAAACAAACAGCAAAAGACAAAAAUAGAAGUCACUUAAAAAAAAAGACUCCCUGGCUUGAGAGGCAUUGGAGAAAAACCUGAGCUGAAUGUGCAGUGGACACUAAGUCCAGGUCUCAGAACCACUGUGCGGUAGACGUAGCCCAGGCACUGGCUGUCUGGAAAAGUGCCACAGGUCCUCCCGGAAGCUGCUUUGCCUCCUGUCUGUGUCCCCUUUCCCUGCCACCAAAAAAAGUCUUUCAAGGAUGAAGCUAAGGUCAAAAAUGAAUGAACGAACUUUCAGUCUUUGUACCCAUUAACUGAAGCCCCCUCAAUAGGAGAGGUUGGUAGAGGACUGUAGAGUGGGGUUUUGCUGACUGACUAUCACAAAUGCAAAUACUUUCCUAAAUAGGAGCAGAAAAGCGGGGGGUACUUGCCACUUACGUGGUGGGUCUGUGAGAUAUGGCGGGAUGUGACUGCUUGGGUGUUCUCUUUACUCUGUCCUUGUAGAGGUGUGAAAAGCUAUAUUGCUACAGGCAAUUUAUUUAAUAAUUGGAAGCCAUAUUGAUAAUGGAUGUGGUAAUAUUUGUAAAGUUUAAUCUACUUUAAGCGGCAGUAACUAAUGUAAUUUUUUUCCUUGAUCACAUAUGUAGCACUUUUGUUACUUUUUUAGAGAUAUUUAUAUUUGAUAAAUCUUUUUUUCAUUUUGAGAACUCAAAAUACCAAACAGUGAACUUGCGUUAUAAAGUCACCCUGUGAUCACCUUGUCAUCCAGCAGCAAAAUGAUGAACUGUUCAUGCAUCAAAGAAAAUUACAUCUGCUGGCCUUGUAUGAAAAUGAUCUCUUGGCAUCCCGAUUAAAUGACACACUGUCACUGUGGGUAAGGGAAACAGCCCCCAGUGCGUCAGGUGAGGGCCUGUCGGAAGCCGCGACUGCUGGCCUGGCUGCCUCCUCACGCCUCCCCGCUCCGCAUCCCGGGUUGUGUUGAAAGGGGCUCUGGGGCUGGCUGCUAGUAGGGCAUUCCUUUCCUCGCCGUUACCUGGAGGUUCUAAGGUAGAAGGAAGGUGCCAUUUCCUGACCUCCUCCCCACGAAAUGUACUCAACUUAAAACCAUUGAGAGGGAGUGAGACCCACUGGCCGUCCUCACUUUUCGUUCUCGCUAGUGAGACAGUGCACGCCCACCCUUUUCCCGCGGUCUGGCUCCACCGAAGGCACGUGCAGAUGGACUGGCUCCUCGUCUGGCCGUCCUGCUCCGCCCGCAUGCAGCGGCCUUGGAGGGGGCAUGAAAA